GUGGUUCUUGCCGGACGAGACAACCCACCAGUUGUUGCGGCUCUUUCAAGAGAGAGAAAAUAAAAAGAAAAAAGAAAAAUUGAGACGGAGAGAGUUUUCUGUUUCUUCUCACGCACAGAAGCAAAAUAGCACCAGAGAGAGAGAGACAGAGAGAGAGGGUAGAAACGAAGCUGAUUGCCAUGGAAAGAUGAUGGGAUCUCAGUUGCUUCACCAACGCUAUCACUGCUCACUCUCCUCCUCCUACUCCCACUUCACCUACUGCUCUCCCUCCCUUUGAUUAAUUCUUUUACAUUGUCCGCCAUUUCUCCUCCUCCUUCCUCAGCUUCAGUAUUAAGGUGACCCGCCACUUUUCCAUCAGUAGUUGUGUUCUGGUUUCUCUUUGAGCUCUUUGAGUAGGCGUGAUGGGUUCGAGAUUCCCAUCCCAUCAGCUAAGCAAUGGGCUGUACGUAUCUGGUCGGCCUGAGCAGCCAAAAGAAAGGACUCCAACCAUGAGCUCUGUUGCAAUGCCCUACACAGGUGGUGACAUCAAGAAGUCUGGAGAAUUGGGUAAAAUGUUCGACAUUCCAAUGGAUGGUUCUAAAUCCCGGAAAUCUGGGCCUAUUGCUGGUGCUCCUACGAGGACUGGCUCUUUUGGAGGCGCUGCUUCUCAUUCUGGGCCAAUCAUGCCAAAUGCUGCAGCUCGCUCAAGUUAUACCACAUCAGGUCCUGUGAGUUCUGGUGGGAUGUCUGGUUCUGCUUCAAUGAAAAAGACAAAUUCUGGCCCGCUGAGUAAACAUGGAGAACCAGUAAAGAAGUCAUCGGGUCCUCAAUCUGGUGGAGUGACACGCCAAAAUUCUGGCCCAAUCCCAGUUCUUCCUACCACUGGUCUUAUAACAUCGGGGCCUAUUUCUUCAGGUCCGCUUAAUUCAUCUGGAGCUCCAAGAAAGGUGUCCGGUCCACUAGAGUCUAUGGGAUCUAUGAAAAUCCCUAGCUCUAUGGCAAACAAUCAGGCAGUAACUACUCUUAGCCAUGAUGAUGAUUAUUCAUUCAAGCGGAACCUCCCAAAGUCAAUAUUAUGGUCAGUGAUACUCAUAUUUGUGAUGGGGUUCAUCGCUGGUGGGUUCAUUCUGGGUGCUGUCCACAAUGCCAUUCUUCUCAUUGUUGUGGUGAUUCUCUUUGGCUUGGUGGCUGCAUUGUUCACCUGGAAUACUUGCUGGGGUCGAAAAGCUAUCACAGGCUACAUCGCUCGAUAUCCUGAUACUGAUUUGAGAACUGCGAAAAAUGGGCAGUAUGUGAAAGUUUCCGGGGUGAUCACAUGCGGUAACGUGCCCCUUGAAUCAUCAUUCCGCAAGAUACCCAGAUGUGUCUACACAUCAACGAGUCUAUAUGAAUAUCGAGGAUGGGAUUCCAAAGCAGCCAAUCCCACACAUCGCCGUUUUACAUGGGGCCUUAGGUCAUCGGAGAGGCAUGUUGUCGACUUCUACAUCUCUGAUUUUCAGUCUGGGUUGAGGGCCUUGGUCAAGACUGGCUAUGUUGCUAGGGUGACUCCUUAUGUUGAUGACUCCAUUGUCAUAGAUGUUAAUCCUGCAAACAAGGACAUGUCUCCUGAGUUCGUCAGAUGGUUGGGGGAGAGGAAUCUUUCAAUCGAUGAUCGUGUCAUGCGACUUAAAGAAGGGUAUAUCAAGGAAGGUAGCACGGUGAGUGUGAUGGGUGUUGUCCAGAGGAACGACAAUGUGCUUAUGAUUGUUCCACCGCCCGAGCCAUUGACUACAGGCUGCCAGUGGGGUCAGUGCAUCUUCCCAGUAAGUCUGGAUGGAAUUGUCUUGAGAUGUGAAGAUACCUCAAAAAUUGACGUAAUACCCGUGUGACCUGUGUCUUGUCUUGAGCAAGGACUUUGUUUGUCUUAAGCCUCUUUUCCGUCAGGCAAAAGUUAUUUUGUUGGCGCUAUUGGUAUUCAAUGGUGGUGGUGGUGUUUGUCAAGUGAUAUGUUGAAUGAGUCUGUGGGAUGGUUUUUUUUUUUUUUUUUUUUUGUGAAUAGCUUUCAAGAGAUUCUUUCUUUGCUAUCAAACCUUAUUUUUACUAGGGGAGUCUUAAAACUUUUGUAGUGGGAGGCGGGGUUGGGUGGGCUUUUCCAUGUAAUUUGGGAGAAUUUGAAGGAUGGGUCCGGGGGGUAAAUUUUUAUGUGGUUUGGAGGCAACAGCACUUUGUGUUUUAUGUUAUUAAGGUCGGGGUUGGGGUUGGGGGUGGGGGAACGGAGUGGAAAGUUAUGGAGAAACCUGUCAUUGAGCUUUAAUAUCAGGAAGUAUAUCCUUUUUGGUGUUUUCGGUUUGUUCAUCUUUCCAGAGUUUUGCACCUAUCUCGGUUCUGAAUGUUUUAUUUUGAUGCUAAGGUCCCUUCGAUUCACAUACAAUACAAAGUUGUAGUAGCACGAAGAUCCCAGUGGUUUUGUUUUGGCACUGUGUAAUAUAUCAUUUGGCCUUUUUUCUCUUUUUCUUUUUUUCCUGGUCAUCAGUAUGUAGCCUGUAUAUUCACUUUCUGCAAAUUUAGUUCUA